UUGGUACGUGAAUGUCAAGUUGAAGGACUUGGACGUGAAGAUGCAACUCGACACCUUUGCCGACGUAUCGACAAUCAGCCGCAGGACUUGGAUGGAGUUAGGAACGCCAACCUAAGAACGCCAACCCUGAAGGCCCCGCGUGCUGAGACGAGAGUCGCAAAUGGAUCGUUGAUCGAAGUAGUUGGAGAUCGUGAGACGCCGUUCACGUGCAAUGGUUUCGAUGGCCAAGGAUUAUUUUAUGUUGCAAAGGAUCUGUGUUUGCUGUUAAUGGACAUGCUUCAACAGCUGCCGCCCUUCCGAGAUUCUUCCUCUGCCAUUUGCUGUGUCGUGGAUGCCUCUUCGCCACUGGACGAACGCCUUUCGGCUGAGUUUCCAGAAGUUUCCAAGGAGAAGCUAGGACACGUCAACAAGUUCAGAGCCCAUCUUGUGCUGAAGAAGGACGCCACGCUUGUCUACGUGCCUAUACGGGAGUCACUGAUGGCAACGUUGCCUGCUAACAUCAAUGGAGCCGUUGCCUACUGGACGACGUUGUGGCCACCGGAAGGACUCGUGAGGAGCAUGACGCGAACGUCUUUAAGCUAUUCCAACGUCUCCAAGACUAUGGAAUGCGCAAGGGAAAGUCCUGAUCCCGCGAGGGUUGCCGCUAUCGCACAUAUGCCGCCGCCCCAAGAUGUGAAGCAGCGCGAAUCUUACGAUAUCGUUUUACUCGUCUUUCGUGCCAAAGAUGCGUUCACUUCGCGAACCAUUGGACGCUUUGGAAAUUAA